AUUGCGAAGAGGCUCUGCAAUUGCGUGAGAGAGAGAAAGAGAAAACGCACGAAAAUUGAGGGGCAUGCCCUGAGAGAGGAAACCUUUACACACACAGUGUAAUUCUAGGAACUUUCGAAUUUUCAGAUAAUUGUUUUUUAUUAUAUAUUAAACAUCAACAGUGUUUAUAUGUUUUAGUUGGGGUUCUUGAUCACAUGGCGUUUGCUACUACUCCCCAUAAGACAUACAUUCCUCUCCCUUCUGACUCAGGAGGCAAGCACCCAGAUAAUGAAGCGCUUCUAUCAUUGGUGCCUAUUCAUAUAGUCACCCAUGCAUCUCAACUUCCGACUGAAUUUCUCUAUCCCUCUCCUGAAAGGCAGCUGGUGAUUGGAUUUGAUUGUGAGGGUGUUGACCUUUGUCGAUAUGGAACUCUUUGUAUCAUGCAGCUUGCUUUUCCAGAUGCUAUCUAUUUGGUCGAUGCUAUUCAAGGUGGGAAAGUGCUGAUGAAUGCCUGUAAGCCUGCUCUUGAAUCUAGUUACAUCACAAAAGUUAUUCACGACUGCAAACGGGACAGUGAGGCUCUAUAUUUUCAAUUUGGAAUCAAGUUGCACAAUGUUGUGGACACCCAGAUAGCAUAUUAUCUUAUAGAGGAACAGCAGGGGCGGAAAAGAUCACAUGAUGACUACAUUUCUUUUGUUGGCCUGCUUGCGGAUCCGCGCUAUUGUGGUAUAUCAUAUCUUGAGAAGAAAGAAGUCCGCACCCGUCUAAGAGAGGAUCCAACAUUUUGGAUGUACAGACCCUUGUCUGAACUGAUGGUCCGUGCAGCUGCAGAUGAUGUCCGCUUUCUUCCUUAUAUUUACCACAAGAUGAUGGAGAAGCUGAAUGAAAGAUCCUUAUGGAAACUGGCUGUUCGUGGUGCACUCUAUAGUCGAUGUUUCUGCAUCAGUGAUAAUGAAUAUGUGGAUUGGCCAUCUAUUCCGUCUAUUCCAGAUAACCUCAUUGUAGAAGGGAAUGGUCCGGAGGAGGAGAUCUUGUCUGUGCUUGAUGUCCCUCCAGGAAAAAUGGGAUGCAUCAUUGGCAGAAAGGGAUCUUCAAUCUUGUCAAUCAAAAAAUCUUGCAAUGCUGAUAUUUUAAUCGGAGGAGCGAAGGGACCACCUGACAAGGUGGUGAUCGUUGGACCUAUGAAGCAGGUGAGGAAAGCAGAAGCCAUUCUGAGAGGGAGGAUGCUAGGAAAUGCAUUCUGAGCCUUUUCGCUGAAAAUAUUGGUUGACAGUUCCAAAGUACAUGAGUUUGGUUUCACCUUCUUCACUUUAUUUUACUUGUUAAGUGCUUGCACAAACUUGAGGCCCCUUUAAAGUUGAUUCUGAUGUAAAAAGAUGUUUAAUUGGUACUCCUGAACCAAACUGUCUACAUUAAUCAGCAAUACAAGUUAGCAUGGUCUUUUAAAGGCUUCCGGGCUCGAUCAAAUGCAUGGUUUGGUCUUUGCAAUUGAUGGAUUAUAUCUAAGACACAAAGAUGAAAAGGAGAUUAGUGCUCGGAUCUGCUUGUGAUAACUUUGUUUUCCUGAAGCUUGUGUUUCUUAGGACCUGUUUGGUUGAGCACCUAGUUUUGGGGAUUUCUGCACUGUUUGAUGAUUUGAGCCCAAAGUUAAUGAUUGGAUUGUGUUG